UGACUCAAAAUGGAAUUUUUUACGCGUUUUUGAUAAAUUGGUUCUCUAUUUGUUUUGAGCAUAAUUAAGCCUUUCCUAUUGUAGAAUAAUAAAAAAAAUUUCUAAUAAUAGCAAGAUAUGCUGAAAAGGUGAAUAAAUAUAAGUGGAAAAAGUGUUUUACAAACUCCUAAUUGUUUUUAUUUGCUGGCGAAGAAAACGGGUGAGAAGUCUAUAAAACUUGCACCGAUCAGCAUAAAUUACAAUUACACCCAACUUAAAUAUAAUUGAAUAGCAUUCAUUGUUCGGAGUAAUGCCGAAAAUGGCGCAAGUAAAAGAUUUGCAUUUAGGCAAAACCUUAAAUGAUUUGGAAAAACAUUCUGAGAUACCAGAUGCUCGCACGAAGAAAACACAAAUACUGGUAGAAUCUGCCCGAAAAUUAAUACGGGAAGCCGACAAAUAUUACAGGGAGGGCGAUGAAGAAUUAGCUUACGUAUUAUACAUGAAGUAUUUCAAUUUACUACAUUGCAUACACCGAAAACCUGACUAUGCAGAACAUAAACAGACUGUACGCCUAGCACUAGGCGGUAAUUCGAACAAUAAACUGACCAUGAAUAAACUGGAGGAACUCAGCACUUCACUCACACGACGUUAUGAGGCAAAACAGCUUGCUAAUACUACCAUGAAGUCACCAGCAAUUGUCACAGCUUCAUUAAAGCAAAAUGAACGCGCUCGCGACUACAAUGAGCUUAGCGCUUCAGAGAAAUUCGAUCUUUUGAAAGGCGAUUCGGUCUCCUUAGCAACCGCGAAUUCAUACAGUGGUUAUUAUUCAUUACAAUCUUUAAAUGUUAUAAAAUGUGAAGAGUUAUUUGAACGUAUGAAGCAGAAUAAUGUGCUGAUAAUGGAUUGCAGACCAAGUAAGGAUUUUGAGACGUCUCAUCUCACAUACCACUAUACAAUGAACGUGCCUGAGGAAAUUAUUUCGGCGGGCAUGUCUGCUGGAAAAUUACAGGACAAAUUAGAUGGUAGUUCCAAAGUACUAUGGGCAGCUCGUUCAGUCAAAGAACAGGUAGUCUUAAUGGAUUGGAAUACCAAAGAUUCUAAUCCUGCACCAUCUUCGCCAAUUGGUAAACUUCUCGAAAUACUACAGAAUUGGGAUCCUGAUGUAAUUUAUAAAUCCUCCAUCAAAAUACUACAAGGUGGUUAUGAAUUCUUUAUCAUGAUGUACCCAACUCUUUGUACAAACCCCAGUGUACAGGCUCCCCAACAGAACAACAAUGAUUUGAAUCUAAUCGACGAGAUUGAAUAUCCCUCAAUAAAUGAUAUUACAAUGAAGGAAGAAAUAAGUGGUCAUAGCUACACGCCCAGACCAGGAAGUAGCAUGUCACGACCACUUACAUUCACUAUGUCACAGCCUCCACCCAGUGUAGAUCGUUCAAGUAAAAUGGCUGCCAUGAAAACAUACGAGCAAAAACAAAAACCAAUUGUAGAGUUGGCUAAAGAACAGGAAGAACUCUUGGAGAAAGCACAAGCUAACGAUGAACAAUUGAAGAAAGCUUCAGAAAAAUUGGACACCAUAUUUGAAAAAAAUAAGCAAAGUCCCGAUAAAAAACCUAUGACGGCUACGGAAACAGAACUAUUAUACUACAUUAUGCAACUGGAGAGUGCAGCUGCAGACUAUAAAACUGAAAACGAUCGUCUCCUGGACGAAAUUGAAAAAUAUAAAAGCAUCAAGAAAGAAGAAGAAGCUGAGUUAACGCCCAAUGAAAAAGAAAAUCUCGAAAAGACCACGCGACAGAUUGAGCAUAAAAUACAAGAACGCCAAAGGCUCGACGCGCAAUUGGAACGUGAAAAACAACAACGUGACCAGCAGUUAGCCAUGGCUAUCGCGCGUUUUCCACGAACGUCAGUCGACAACGAAGAUAAUAUACCCAAACCGAAAAUACCGCAAUUCGAUCGAUCUGUAAAGCCACAUUUGUCGGCACCUACCCACAGCAGUCCAGCUGUCUUUAUUGUAGACAGACAACGCGAUUUCUCACCAAUGCCCGGCGCAAUGGGUCGCGGCUUGACCGGCUUAAAGAACCUGGGUAACACCUGCUACAUGAACAGUAUCAUACAGUGCCUCAGCAAUACCCCACAACUCACCGAAUACUGCAUAACGGACAAAUAUAAGAACUACAUCAGUCGCAGCAACAAGACGAAGGGGCACAUUGUCGAGGAAGUGGCGGCGCUCAUUAAAGUUUUAUGGAAUGGCAACUACAAAUGCGUAGCCAGCAAGGACUUGCGUUACGUUAUGGGUCAGUACCAGCAGAUAUUCCGGGGCAUCGAGCAGCAAGAUUCGCACGAAUUUCUUACCAUACUCAUGGAUUGGCUACAUUCCGAUUUACAAACAUUACAUGUACCCGAAAAGCCACGUGAUAACAUAACACCCUCCGAGAAGGCGUGGCUCGAAUUUACCAAAGCCAAAGAGAGUCUCAUACUGCAUUUAUUUUAUGGCCAAAUAAAAAGUACCGUUAAGUGUGUCGAUUGCAACAAGGAGUCCGCCACUUAUGAAUGUUUUUCGAAUUUAAGCCUGGAGUUGCCUUCAAAUGCAAAUGUUUGCUAUCUCAGCCAAUGCAUGGAUAUGUACUUUAGUGGCGAACGCAUACACGGCUGGAAUUGUCCGAAUUGUAAAACGAAACGUGAUGCGGUGAAAAAAUUGGAUAUCUCCAAGCUGCCACCGGUGCUGGUGAUACAUAUGAAGAGGUUCUACGCCGACACUGACGCUGUUGGCAAUUCGUAUAAAAAGAAACAAAACUACGUUCGCUUUCCAUUGGAGAAUCUUGAUAUGACGCCUUAUAUUGCCAAGUCCGAGUCGCGUUCGGUGACACCGAAAACGUAUCAACUGUACGGCGUUUCCAACCAUUACGGCUCCAUGGAGAGCGGGCACUACACGGCAUUUUGCAAAAGCGGCAACUAUGGCAGGUGGUUCAAGUUCGAUGACCAAGUCGUUUCGCCGCUAGACACUUCGAAUGUCGUCUCCAGCGCUGCCUACAUACUGUUCUACACCUGGCUGCCGCCCAUACAAAUAACCGAAAACAACAACGCAAAUUAGCUGUCAAAUCUCUGAGCAAGUCAAAUGUGGGGGUAAUAAGGGAGAAGGAGACACAUCGUCAUCCUUCACAGGUGUUGAAGUUGCCUUUUGUUGUUUUACUACUUGAAUAUUGCAAAGGCAAUGCAUUUUUAGUUAUUUACGCGUUAGCGUCUAGUCGCGGUUGAAAAACUUGAAGUUGUUGAUUUGAACGAAAAAAAAGCAAUUAUUAUUACACAUUUCUAA